GUCUGUCUCCAACGUACAGAAUAGAGGAGCAACGGGGAAUAGGUCAGUUACGAAAAUGAUGGGUACGAAAAUUGUCUUCACUCUAGUCUUGAUGAUGGGAUUUGCAGCAGUGGUGUCCGGAAAUGCGGGUGCAAACCUGAUGGAGAUUGUGAAAGCUGUGAUCGACCAGAAGAUCACAGAUCCUGAACUGGCCAAGGCCAUCAAGGCAAAGCUGCCAGAGGUUCAGGGAUGUGUCAUGAUCCUUGCGCAAAUGAAACCCGAAGCAGUCACUGCGUCCUUGGACGCCAUCUGGCCUGAGCUGAAUACCUGUGGACAGAAAGCUGCUGGCGUUGAUUCCAGCAUGAUGCAGAGCACAUUCAAAGCAUGCAUGAUGGAAGCACAAACAAGCAUUAAGAAAACCGUGGAACUGUCAGAAGAGGAUGGCAAGGCAUUCGAUGAAGGCAUGAACUGCGUCGCAUCAUCGAUCGGCAUGUGAAGGAACAAGCCUUCAUCUGUCUAUGUCGAAAGCAUGCAGGGAGAUAUAUUCUAGAUAAUGAAUAACAAAGAUUAACUCUAUAAUAUAUAAGGCUAUCACACAGAGCAUCGUUACGAAGAUAUCGCAUCUAUUCGCGUGUCCCUGCACCUAAAAUUGCUUUGUAUAGUACGUUGCGAAUAAAGUUGUCUGU